AUGGCUAGCUACGUCGUUAGAGCUUCGAUCUCUAAUGGUUCCGACAGUUUGGAGACUUGGGCGUUGGAACUUCGAUCCAUGGUGGUUUCAUUGCUUCGACAAUCCUUUAAGCGCAAUGCAGCGAUGGAAGCUCAUUUUUCCACAUUGGCAAGCCAACUAAGGCGCGUGCGCCUGCCAAAGUGCUAUGCUCUUUCAGAUGAAGGAAUGACGGAGAUUGUGAAAAAGCUUCCACUGUUAGAGGAGCUGGAUAUUUCAUUUACCAAUCUAUCUGAGGAUGCUCUUGAAGCUAUUGGGCGAUGUUGCCCUCGUCUGAAAACAUUAAAAUAUAACACCCCAGUGGACACUUAUGUCUAUGAUCGGGAGGCGUUUGCUAUAGCGAAAACCAUGCCUCAGCUACGUUAUCUAGAGAUUGGGGGAAACAAGCUCAGCAAUCAUGGCUUGCGUGCCAUUCUCUAUGGUUGCCCUCUGCUUGAGUACAUUGAUCUGCGACAUUGUUACAAACUUGAUUUGAGUGGAAGUUUGGGGAAGAUGUUGCGUGAGAAGAUUAAAGAGAUAAGGCUGCCACUUAACCUUGGAAGUAAUGGUCCGCUAUUUGAUUUGAAGGCGUACAUGGAAAGUGAAUUAGAACAUGCUUGUCAAUCUUAUGAAUUUUUGUAA